GGAAGCUAAGGUUUAUUUAAACUUUGAAAAGCAUUUUUUUUUUUUGCUGCUAAUCGUGAUUGAUCGUUAAUUUGUUUCUAGAAUGUGAUCUCCCAUCCCUUACAAGUUUAAACACAAUUUCAAUUUAAUCUGAAAUUUUUGGACAUGGGCGGAUACCAAUAUUGACUUUGGUUGGUAAACAUUCAGAAAACCAAACAGAACGUUUCUUUUAUAGUCGCCCGCGUGCUAAUGGCCUGCCACACGUCUUUCAAUCUUUACGAGCACAGUCGAUCGGCGUUCUUGAACCCGAAUAUAAAAUCGUAGCUUAAAGCAAUUGGCCAGUCAAGAUGAGCAAUAACGCCACAGCUAACGGAACUGCGACAUCUAUUAAUUGCUCAGAAUAUCCCACAGCGGAAAGGGUGGCUAAAACCUUGGCAUACUGUGUUAUAAUCGUUGUAUCUCUCACUGGAAAUAUUCUUAUCGGAUCAAUCGUGUUCAAAGUAAAAUCCAUGAGAAGAACCAUCAACUACCUCAUCGUUAACAUGGCUAUGUCCGACCUUAUUCUUCCAAUAUUUGCUGUCCCGAGGAUUCUCACACGAUUGUACCUCGGCUACUGGCUCAUAGAUGGACAUUUUGGUUCGGCGCUUUGUAAACUGGUGUACUUCUUACAAGACGUCUCCAACGCUGUAUCUAUACAGUCAUUGGUCUUGAUAGCAGUGGAUCGAUUUGGAGCCGUAGUGUUUCCUCUCCGUCGACCAGUUGUCAGCGCCAAGCUUUGCCCGUAUUUUAUAUUAUCGACGUGGAUUGUUGCCAUGGCUCUUCAUUCCCCAUACUUCUUUGCCCGCAAACUUGACUACUCAGAAGGACUACUAAGAUGUGCUCUGCAGUGGGAGGAAGCCUUCGGAGAAUCAUCCUCUGAAGCGAGCUACUAUGUAGCAAUGUUUCUAUUAUUGGCGGUGAUUCCUUUCGCGUUGAUGUCAAUACUUUAUUCCAUCAUCAUCCUGAAUCUCAGGGCUCAAAAGAUACCAGGAGGGGAAUCAGUGAGGGCAGAAGAACUUGAAAAACGAAUGAAGAGGGACAGAAGCGUGCUUCAGAUGGUCCUAGCCAUCGUUAUGGGAUUUGCAUUGUGCUGGGCUCCGUUCAACAUUUUUGCGUUUUUGAACUUUUUUGUAUGGCACAAACCUCCUAAGCCAAGCUGCAGCAUACAGCAUUUUGCUUUCUUUGCAAGAUUCAUGGCUUACGCGAAUUGUGCCAUCAACCCAUGUAUCUGUUUUAUAUUCAGCGGUAAUUACCGAGAAGGCCUGAAGAGUUUAUUUGGUUGUUGCUCUCCCAAGUGCGACAUUAAUUCAUGUUUCUGUCCAUUGCGUGGGCAAUCGUGGAAUGUCCAAAGCAUGUCAUCAGAUGAACUAAGAGAAGUCACGUUGGCUACUCACGCAUCAUCCUGGGAGCCUGCUUUUGAAGAGCCCUCGACUGGGAAAUUCUACAUCACCUUUCUUUGUAUUUCAGUGAUUUUAAUUCCGUUUAGUCUUUUAGCUGGCAUAUACACAGUUAUAGUGUCGAUUCUGAUCAGGCAAAGGAACCACUUGCGAGAUGCAGUUCGUGGAGGAAUUAUACGAGACAAAAUGAACAGAAAUGUACUGAAAAUGGCUGUGACAAUUGUUGUGAUAUUUGCCAUUUGUUGGGCUCCUCUCAAUAUCAAUCUGCUUCUUUUGACAUUUUUCAGGAAAUCUCAAAAUGCGUGGUGCACUCCUCCUGCUUUUGCAUUCACUGCCGAGUUCCUUGUGAUCGCCAACGCCGCUAUCAAUCCGUUUGUAUACUUUGGCUUCGUGGAAAAUUAUCGACGCAAUCUUAAGAGAGUUCUCACCAAGUCUAUCUUAAGUACGAACGUUAGGAAAACUGGAAAGAGGCUAAGUGUUCGUCGCGAAACAUUUGAACUGACAUCUAUAACUUGCGAUAGAGUGCCCAGCUCUGAGAACGUGGUCUCAGGAAUUCGGAUGAUCUCGUCAAAGAGACUAGACUCAACAAGACGCAGGAGCGAAGUAACAAUGGCGGAGAACCUGUAACUUAAUGAACACUGAUUCAUCAGUACUCCUUGUAAUUUGAUAUUUGAAUCAAGAGUUUGUUUGCAUAUCGCUAAUAUGGAAUAGGCUCUGGAAUUAUUGUUAUUAGAAAGAUUGUUUAGGUUAGCCUAUGGCUGGAAUGUGGUGUAAACUAAAUGACAAAUAAUCAAAACAUGCCCAGUCGUGAUGGUGAUCUUUUUUAAUAUGGAGUAAAAGGAGAAAAAUACCGUUUUUUAUUGGUCGGGGAAGAAUUAGGUGAUAAAUCAAAGGGAAGUAGAAAUUGUGAUGCACAAUUCUCUCUGUGGCCUUUAUUUCAAAGAUUUGACGAACUUUAAAGACAGGCGCGAUUUCUUAAGGAGAGAAAUACAUGAUUAUGGCCUUUUUAGCAGAUUGUUAGGAGUGAUAACUGAAUAAAGAGUUUUAGAGGCCAUUUUAGCAUCAAUCCUCGGGGUUGAAAUUCGUGUAGAGCCGUUUGAAUAAUAGGAAAACUACUUUACCAAGAGAGACCUCAUAUCGCUCUAGAAAGAGUUUAGUCGAUGGGUUGCUUGUCAAUAAAUUUUAUUGCAUUAUGAAAGACCUGUCAACAUUUACUAAUGCAUCCUUCGCAGUUGACAACAUUCAGUCAUUUCUAUAUCUUUUAUGUAAGAGAUGCAUCUAAAAUCGAGCUGAUAUAAUUGAGUUUAGCGCCUCCUUGACGCCGACCAUCAUCGGUUUAGGAACUUAAACCAAAAUAAAUAAAUAUAUUAUGCUUCUACUUAA